UAUACACAAACCAAUAUCGUACAUCUUUAAGAGUUUCCUAUUCCUAAUUAACAUUUAACUAAUAUAUUCUUCAUUUAUAAAUACACCUAUAUUACUUAUAAUUGAAUUGAAUUGAAUAGAAUGAUCACUUGUCUAUUAAUCAUCUUAUGUAAUACAUUUGAUACUUGAAAUAUCCCAGUAAAUACAAAUUAUUGUUUAUACCAUUCUUGGUACUAUUAUUCUAUACACCAAGUAAAACUAUUACAUAAUAGAUAGAUAUCUACAUUGAAUACUUUAAUGAAUCCAAUAGGAAAAGGAAUCGAAUUACCUAUUCCAUAGUGACAAAAAUAAAAUAUACUAAUUAUUUAAAUGAAAAAUAGUAAUGGAAUUUAACAUUGAACAUUAAACAGAGAAAUUGUAAUAGAACCAUUAAAAUUGUUUUAAUUUAUUGUGACUACUCAGCAACAACAACAACAAAAAGAUUCGUAUCGAAAUUGGUCUUUCACAUUAUUUGAAAUUGAUAUUUACGUAUAAACACACAUAUAUAUAGUACUACAUAAACAUAUAUAAUGUUUCCAAUGACAGCAUUUCCAUUGAAUCCAGUGAAUUGUGGACGAUCAUCAACUGAUUUAUUAUGGUCUAAUACUGAAGCAUUACAAAACAUUGGAUCAACAUUGAAUUGUGAUAAUUUAUCGUAUAUUAAUAAUAAUUCCUCAUUGUGUAAUCAAAACUCAGUAAAUAAUAAUAAUACUUCAUCAGCAAUACUUACUAGCUCUUCAAAUUUUCUCUCACGACCUAAUUAUACCUGUGGUCUUAAUCAAACUUAUCGAUCACAAGAAAAUCUUAUUCAAACAGGUUACUUAAAUGAAGACUUAUCAAAUCAAUGUAACGAGAACAUUGUUACUACUACUACCAAUACUACUAAUACUACUACUAGUAGUAGUAGUACUGCUGAGUGUAGUAAUAAUAAUACAGAUUUACAUUUACCAAAUGAGAAAUCUCAUAUGGAUACCACUAAUAAAUCAUCUACAUUUGAUCCAAUUAUAAAAUCAGAAAGUUUACUCUCCUUAAAUAAAUCCCCUUCUUCUUCAUCAUUAUGUAAUACAAUGAAAUCAGAUAUUACCAAUAUGAUAAAUUAUGAGAAUUGGUCAAAUGAUCAUAGAAAACGUCAUAAAAAAUCUAAACUAAAUUCUAUCAAUUUUAUAGAAAAUAAAUCAAUAAUUAAUAAUAAUAAUAAUAACAGCAUAGCAACAGCAGCAACAGAAAAAACACCCCCCCCUUCAUUAUAUAUAAAUGAAUCUAUGGAAGAUAUGAUAUAUAAUAAAGUAACAACAUCAUUAGAAAAUGAAAAAAAUCAAUCACAAUUUAUGAAAACCAAUUUUGUAUCUAAGGCAAAAUUAUCUAAUACAAAACAACCACCACCACCACGACAGGAGCAACAGCAGCAACAAGAAGAACAACAGCAACAAUUAAGUUAUCCAUUUAAUAUGUUACCUACAAAAGUGAAUGAUUAUACAAAUCAAUUAUUAUCAAAUGAAUAUAAUAAUAAUAAUUAUAAUAGUUUAUCUAUAAAUUAUUCAUUAAAACAUAAUUAUUCAGAGAAUAUAAUGAAUUCAAUGAAUGAAGAAGGUGAUGGUGAUGAUGAUGUUGAUGAAGAAGAUGAAGAAGAACAAGUAGCAUAUAAAACAAUGAUCAGUAACAAUAAUCAUAAUGAUCAUGGUAUUAUUACGAAUUCUACUUCUAUUAUUACUACUACUAAUACUACUACUACUACCGCUACUACAACGACUACUACCACUACUACUACGUCGACUAUUACUACAGAUACAUGGAAUACAUCAAUAUCAUCACAGUAUCCAACUAAUAUUUUACCUCAACAUUUAGCAUCAUUUUAUUCAACUUGUUCAAAUGAGAUAGCUUUUAGAAAAAGCUUAAUAUUUAAUAAUAAUCAUCAUCAAAAUAUGAAUAUAGAGUCCACAAAUUAUCCCACCUAUAAUAACAAUAGUAGACAAAACUCAGAAUGUCGUACAUCUUCAUCACCAUUACCUUCUAUAUUACAAACUAAUUUAGACUUGAAUUCAAGUUCUAUAUUAAAUCAUAGUGAAAUAGACAAUUUUAAUAAGAUAUCUUCGGAUGAAAUGAAAUUUGAUGUAAACACUAAUAGUAAUAAUGAGUUAAAUGAAAUGAAUGUUAGUUCAAAGUUCAAUAGUCCUAUGCAACAACAACAACAAUCUCAAUCAAGAAGAAUAAAUAAUAAUUCAUUAAUACAGAAUGAUUUAGAUACAUGUAAGGUAAUGCAUCAUAAUUCAAAUCUCCCUCCUCCUCCUCCUCAACAACAACAACAACAACAACAUCAAAGGCAAAGAGGAUUUGAAGAUGAUCAAAUGAUUGAUGAUUUAAGUGUAGCAUAUCAUUCAGCAGCAGCUAUGGCAGCAGCUGCUGUUGUUGCACAAGCAGCUGUAGCAAGUGUAAAUGUAACAAAUCAUCAAUUAGAACAUCAACAUCAUAAUCAUCGUCAUGAACAAUCAAUACAUCAACAUCAACAUCAACAUUUACAUUCAAAUCAAAAUCAACAUCAACAAUCACAUUAUAUUGAUAAUGAACAUUCCAUGUUAAAUACACAUAUGGAACAAUAUAGUGUACAUACUAAUCAUCAUAAUAACAGUAAUGACAAUGGUUUACAUCAAUCACAAUAUAAUAUGAUGAAUCAAAAUUUAGGAUUAUUCCCUCUUAUAAAUAAUACCAAUUCAUUGAAUAAUACACCAAAUAUAAAUAAAACAAUGAAAAAUAAGAAAUUAACAAUGACAGAAGGAAGAGAAUGUGUCAAUUGUGGAGCAACUAGUACACCACUAUGGAGACGAGAUGGUCAAGGAAAUUAUUUAUGUAAUGCAUGUGGUUUAUAUCAAAAAAUGAAUGGUCAAAAUCGUCCAUUAAUUAAACCUAAACGAAGAUUGCAAUCCUCUAGCCGACGUACUGGUACUAUAUGUUCCAAUUGUCGUACAAUAACAACUACAUUAUGGCGUCGAAAUACGAAUGGUGAACCAGUUUGUAAUGCAUGUGGACUUUAUUUCAAAUUGCAUAAUAUUCAACGACCUAUUUCAAUGAAAAAAGAUGGAAUUCAAACACGUAAUCGUAAGGUAUCACAAAAAACAAAAAAGCAUAAAUUUGGUUUCUAUUCAGAAUUAUCUGAUUUACCAGUGGAUUAUUUAAUGAAAACUCCUUUACAUCGAUUUGGUGCUGCAGCAGCAGCCGCAGCUGUUGCUGCUAAUCAUUUUGCAUGUACUACACGUGGUUCACAGGCAAUUACACCGAAUUCACCUAAUUCAAUGUGUAAUCCAUAUUUAACUAAUUAUUUCUCAGAUAAUAAUAAUAUUAAUAGUAACAAUACUCCUACUAAUAAUAAUAAUACUUUGAAUGAAAUAAAACAUAAAGAUAUGUCAAGAAUUGAAGUAGACAGUUCUGAUGAAACUGGACAAUUCAGUGAUGUGACAAAAGCAUUUCAUGCAAAAUUUGGAGGUCUAACUAAUAAUAACAAUAAUGAUAAUAGACAUUCAAAUCAUUUCUCCCUUAAUUCACCUCAUCCAACACCAAUACACCCUCAUCAUAUUGAUCAUUUACAACAACAAUAUAUUCAAAAACAUCAAUCUCAAACAAUGAAUUCAAUGAAUUUCACAAAUGAUCCUUAUACACAGCACACAACUAAUUUAAUGAAUAAUCAAAUGAAUGAGAAGUAUUCAAGAUAUCAGAAAUCUAAUUAUAUUUCUGACUUAGUUUACAAUCAUUCAUCGAAUAAUGAACAGAAUACUAGUAAUAAUGCAAAAUGUGAAUCAUUACACAUGAAGCCAUCAAAUAUCAUCCAUCAUCAUCAUCAUCAUCAGAAUCAGAAUCAGAAUCAUUCACCGACAGAUGCAUUAAUACAAUGGCAUGCACAAUUAAGAUCUACACCAAAUCAAUUAGAUGGAAAUGGAUCGAUAAAUUUUAAUUCUACUUCAUUGUAUAAUAACUGUCAACCAAUUACACGACUAGGAUGUAAUAAUAAUGGCAUAGUCGGUGGUAACUGUAGUAGUAAUAGUAGCAGUAGUAGUAGUAGUAGUGGUGGCAGUAUCACACAUUCCUAUUAUAAUCAUAAGAAUAAAAUGGAAUCUGAUCCCAUUGAUAAUAAUAAUAAUAAUCGUAGUAUUAAUAAUAAUCAUAAUAAUUUAAUUGAUUCUAUGAAUCAUUCAGCUAUCAUAUCAUCAUCAUCCACUUCAUCAGAACGAUCAGUUCAUGGUAUAGAUUUAUUAAAUCGUCAUAAAUUAAAAAUGUGUACUGAUUCAUUAGAUUCCAUAUCGCCUAAUUCAAGAGGACCUAUUGAAAAUGGAUUAUAUUAUCAUAUGAAUCAAACGAUGGAUACUAUAAAACAUCAACAACAACAAAAUCAUUCUGAUCUAAGAGUAUUUCCUUGAUAGAUUUUCUUUGAUUGAUUGGUUGUGAAAUUUACCCAUUCAUGCACAAACAUAUAAUCAAUGAUAGAGUUAUCUUUUCAUAAUCUGUACAUGUUCCCAUAUUCAAUUGUAUACCAACUAUGAAUGACAAAUGAAAAGUUGUACAUUUUAACUUAUUUAAUAAGAUUAUCAAUAUCCUCCUUCUUUUUCACUAUCAUCAUCAAUAUGAUCACCAUGAAUAUGAACUAUAUGAAUAUAAUCUUUAAUAAGUAGUAUGUUCCUAUUCGAGUCUAACGCCUUAACCAUUCGGCCAUCGCGACCAUGUUCCUGUUACAUAACUAAAUUAUAUUUUUUUCUUUUUUUACAAAAAUGGCAACAAAACUAACUUUAUAUUCAAUUGACUUUUUUUAUCAUGUGAAAGUAGAAACGAAAAUAUUUGAUAGAAAAAAAAAGAAGAAAAGGAAGGAAUAAUUGAUAGAAGCAGGGCGGAUUUAAAAAAAAAAACAGCAACGACAACAACGUAUAAUUAAUAUUUUGCUUAUUAUUAUGAAGAGUGAGAAGAUUGAAGAGAGGGAGAUAGAGCGAGCGAAAGGGAGGGAUAUACAGAAUAGAUUACUUAAUGACCAUUAGUUUGUAUUUCAGUCCUUUAUCUAUGCAAACACACACACACACAAAAGUCAAUUUAAUUGAGGUGUGUCUCUACCAUAACUAACUAACCAUUCAAAUGAUGAUAUUUAUAAGUGUAAUCAUUGUUUCCUCCGAAAAUCCAACGGAAUCCCAAAUAAAAUUUAUUGAAAUUUAGAAAUCAACAACAACUAAAAAAAAAUUAGGCGAAAUUUUUAAAAACAAUAAAUCUGAAACACAUUCACACUCACACACACAUACACACACACCAAUGAUAUCAUCAAUUGUUUCAAAGAAAGAAUUCAAGUUGAAUGGGUUGAAAUUCUGAUAUUUCUAUUUCGGAUCAACACAACUAAUCGUGAUCAUGAUCGUUAUCGUGAUGAUGAUGCUGAUGAUGAUGAUGAUGAACAUAGUCUAGUAGUAUAUCUAUUCAUUUCCAUAAAAAAAAUCAUUAUAAUUUUUUUCAUUUAUUUUGUAUAAGUUAAAGAAUUCUUGUGUUUUUUUCCUCAACUAAACCUAAUUUAUUUUGAUGUUGUCUAUGUAGAAAGUAAACUACUAAUCAUACUAACCUAUUACAAAUGAAUACUACUGAAUUCGAUAUAAUAGUAGUAUAUUACCAUUUUCCUUUAUACAGUCUUAAUAAAUAGGUGACUUUUAUUUCUUAGAAAAACAAAAACAAUAAUGAUAAUAAGUAAUAUAUAUAUAUAUAUACAUUAUACAUUACAACCUAAAGGAUUCCAAAUUUACUUCUGUCCUAUCAUGUAUAUAAUAUUUAACCCUAUCAUCUCUAUAUAUAUACAAAACAUAUUUGAUUUACUUAAAUGUAUAAUUUUUUUCAGUGUUUGUAUAGAUUAUUUUACACAAAAAUUUUUUUUCUUUCUCUUCCCCCCUUCCCCCUCUCUUUCUCUGUUACUAUCUUUGUAUUUGGUAGUAAUGGGAACUGAGUUUCUGGGGGUUUUUUUUCCUCUUUUAAAAUAUUAUGAUUUUUCUUUUCAUUUCUUUAUCGAUCAUAUUCAUGAUCCCUGUUACUACCACUACUAUUAUUAUUAUUAUUAUUAU